AUGAUUCAAUAAUCAGAAUAACAAAUGACCAAAAAAAUCAAUGUAAUAAUUUAUGGAAGAUGCGAGUCUGGUAAAACUGAACUAUUGAAGGCGUUAAAAAAAGAAAAUUUAAAAUUUAAUAAUUAAUUAUAUCAGGAAGAUUCAGAUGAGGAGAUUGAUGAAGAAGAAGCUAUGGAUAAAUUCGAAUCUGAUUUAUAUUCUUCUUAAGUUACUCGUUGUUCAUUUAGUUCAGAGAAUUACAAUAUUUAUUUUGAAGAGUCAAAAAUCGUUUAUUCUGAUGUUUUAAUGAAAGCAUAAAAUUUUGAAGUUUUGAUGUUUCUGUUCAAUGCUAAAAAGGGAGUCUUUGAAAAUCAAAUAGACAAUAGUUUCUUUUUUAAUUUUGAUGCUGUGAAAUUGCUUAAACAAAAUUACAAAGUCAUCUUUGCUAUCACUAAUAUGAAUAGUUGCAAUUGGAGCAAAGAGAGAUUCGAUUUUAUCCAAAAUACAUUGUAAUCCUUAAUUACUAAUUUAUAAUAUACUGUAAUUCCUAUUGAUUCUAAAUCAUUCACUAACAUAUCCAAAAUAGAAUGUUAAUGGUAUUAAGGUAAGUCUUUGAUAGAAGAGAUUACUUCUACUAAAUUGAAUAAUUUUCAAGAUAUAUUGAGAAUUAGAAUAUUAGAUGUAUCAAAUAGAUGUAAUUCAGCUUAUGAGUGUAAAGUUUUAAGUGGACAACUAAAAUAAAUAGAAAAUCCAUUAAAUUUGAACUCUACACUGUAAAAAACUAGUGUUUAGGUUAUUAGAGUUAUGGAUUCGAUUGAUAAUGAAUAAUCCAAUAUUUCUUAAAACGAUUUGAUAUAAGUAAAGCUACCUUACUUACUAAUUUUAGAUUUAAGUAGAUCAAAAUACAAAACUGAAAAUUGGAGAUGUUUUAUCACUUCCACAUUAUACGUCUUGUUUUCUUAGUAAAGAGAUGUUAGUUGA